UUAACAAGUCCAAAACCCCAACCCCCCAAAUAGAUCAUGGCUUACGUAUUAACAGAAACCGCAGCAGGUUACGCCCUUCUUAAGGCUCUGGACAAGAAAAUCCACAAAUCUUCCACUUUGAUCGAGGAUCUCGAUAGUGCCUCCAAGGUUGCAUCCCAAUUCAAGAUUCAUCGAUUCGAAAAGUUUCAAUCCGCCGCAAAUGCCUUGGAAGAAGCCAAUGCUAUUAUCGAAGGAAAAGUCAGUGACAACUUGCGUAAAUUGUUAGAAGACGCCAAGUCAGACAAGAAGGCCACUUUGAUUGUCAGUGAAGCCAAAUUAGGUAAUGCUAUAAACAAGCUUGGUCUCAACUUUUCCGUUGUGUCUGAUGCCGCUUCUCUCGACUUACAUCGUGCCAUCAAGCAAUUCUUGCCAGAAUUAUUACCAGGUUUAGACGGUGCCGUAUUGAACCAAAUGUCUCUUGGUUUGGCCCAUUCCCUUGGUCGUCACAAGUUGAAAUUCUCCCCUGAUAAGGUGGACACCAUGAUUAUCCAAGCUAUUGCCCUUUUAGACGACUUGGACAAAGAAUUAAACACCUACGCCAUGAGAUGUAAGGAAUGGUACGGAUGGCACUUUCCUGAAUUGGCCAAGAUGAUCACUGAUUCCGUCGCUUACGCCAGAAUCAUCUUGACCAUGGGUGUCAGAUCCAACGCCCUGGAAACUGACUUGUCAGAAAUCCUUCCUGAAGAAGUCGAAGAACAAGUCAAGACUGCCGCUGAAGUCAGUAUGGGUACUGAAAUCACCGAAGACGAUUUAAACAACAUCAAGGCCCUUGCUGAACAAAUUGUUGACUUUGCCGCUUAUAGAGAACAAUUAUCCAACUACUUGUCUUCCCGUAUGAAGGCCAUUGCUCCAAACUUGACCGCCAUGGUUGGUGAAUUAGUCGGUGCUCGUUUAAUCGCCCACGCUGGUUCAUUGACCUCGUUAGCCAAGGCUCCUGCAUCCACCAUCCAAAUCUUGGGGGCUGAAAAGGCAUUAUUUAGAGCAUUAAAGACCAAGCAUGAUACUCCAAAGUAUGGUAUCCUUUAUAACGCAUCCUUAGUCGGUCAAGCUUCUGGUAAGAACAAGGGUAGAAUCGCCAGAGUGUUAGCUGCCAAGGCUGCUAUUUCUUUAAGAAUCGAUUGUUUUGAUGAAGAAAGAGAUGACAGUGAUGACUUCGGUUUGGAAAACAGAGCCAAGGUUGAAAGCAGAUUGAGUCAAUUAGAAGGUAGAGAUAUGAGAACUACCAGUAGAGUAGUCAAGGAACAAUCUAAGAUUGAAAUCACUGAAGCCAGAGCUUACAAUGCUGAUGCCGAUGCCGCUGCUGUUGAAGAAGACUCUGAUGAUGAAACUUCUGAAACUGAAGAAAUUGUUGAAAAGAAGAAGGAAAAGAAGGAAAAGAAGGAGAAGAAAGACAAGAAAGAUAAGAAGAGAAAGAGAGAUGACGAUGAAGAAGAAGAAUCAUCCAAGAAACUGAAGAAGGAAAAGAAGGAAAAGAAGGAAAAGAAAGACAAGAAGGAAAAGAAGGAUAAGAAGGAUAAGAAGAAGGAAAAGAAGUAGUCAUUUGUAUAAGAACCUCUUUUUGUAAAUUAUAAGUAAAUUG